AUGAUUCCCCUUCGGCUACAACGUAUACUCGCCUAUCCUGUAAAAUACAUUUUCCCACGUCUGGCCAAUAUGAUGCACUCGAUGGCGCUGAAUACUGGUGAACUUCGCGAGACCUACGCAGAUAUUGAAGACUACCGAGCGGACUUCGUUGUACUAAUGCAAGAGGAAAAACUCGAUGCUCUUCUUUGUCCUCCCCAGGUAAUGACGGCGCCAAAGCAUCACGUACCAGCCCGACUGUUCGCUGCUUGUUGUUACACUGCAGUUUUCAAUCUUCUUGACUUUGCUGCAGGCAAACUCUAUUUUUUUUUCAUUGAAGGAGUCGUCAAGGUGACUGAGGUAACUGCACAAGAUGACCGGAAGUUGAUCGAGGAUUAUCCAGAAACGGAUCCAUGGUACAGGUUGGCCAAGGAGUCCUGUAAG